CAACAGCUGUAGAGUUUAUCCAUGCGGAUGUCCAGUGAGCUGUUACGGGAUUAGCCCCAACAGUGGGGCAACGACUGAGAUGCAGUUAUUGUGCACUCUGAAAACACGUCCUCAUCUUUUAACUGUCUGGCUUUUCAAUGUCAUUUGACAUACUGUUGACAGCGUAUGUGUGAUCCAUGUCUGAAGAGGCAUAGUCAAAAUAAACACAGGCAAAAUGCUGGUCUGUGAAGCACUUUGUGAUGCGAGUUGUGUUGAAUUUGGUCGUUUGUCUGAUUUCUGAAUUUCCCAGGUUUCAAAGGACACCAUAAAUACACACCAUUAGCAAAGGUGUUUAUGUAAUAUUUUCCUCACACUCAAGAUGUGGUUUUUAGAGGUCCAUACUUUGGUUCAGGGCUGGAUGCGGAAGCUGCUGAUCCUCUGAGGAGAAGUGGUGAUGAAGAAUGAGGACACAACAACUGUCAUCCCCAGUUCACCGGCCACAGGCGAGCAACCUGCAUGCAGGGAGGCUGCUGUGUUUCUGGGGAGAAGUAACCUUUGUCUCACAACAAGAAGUGAGCAAGUACUUGUACCCGAGCCUCCUAGCUGUUUACGGGCUUUGUCUGCUGCCUAUUUGACAGCAUUUGUUGGGCAAUGUAUCUUGCACAGCAUCUUGAUUUCAGGUUGUUUUUUAACGGGGCAAAUGGAAGGAAAAAUAACUUGAAACAAACAUUUCCUAUUCUGUGGUAUUUAACAGUGAAAUUGUAAACCACAGAAGGGACCAGGCCUGAUUUAAAGGUCUUUGAAGUCAGCAGAACUGUUUCCACUGAUUUCAAUGUGCUUUGGGUCAAGGCCACAGUAGGAAGAAGACAAACGUUUUCUGCCCCCCAAAAAGUAUUAACCAUUGGCAUUCAAUGAGCAAUAAAGUCUGAUGUGUAAAAUGGGUUCCUUUAAAUAAGGCAGUCAGAAACUUAAUUUCCAUCUGCUUCCUAAUGACUUGUCACUAAUACACCCAAAAGGAACACAUUUAUAGAAGUCAUAAUCAUAUACUGAGAAGAAAAACACUACCGUAGUUUGCUUCUUCUCUUGCUUUCGUUCCAUUUUCUGUGCAUUGUAUUUUUCACUAACAUAAUGGUGCUUAUGCUGCUGGUUAUGCUAUCACAGCCUAGGCACUGUAGAUUUGCAGUUGAAUUGAACUUCACUGCACUGAUGGUGGUUGACAAAUACAACAAAAUCAUUAUUUUUUCUAUACAAUUUAAUCUUUAAAACAUCAUAAUGGUGCCUGGGUUUUUUUUGUGACUGAGAAGAAAUAUGUCAAAGAUACAGAAUUUGGGGGGCAAAGAAGUGUUGCUCUAGGAGUAGUGAAGGGGGUGCCACUUCUAUCUCACAGUUGGCCAGAUAGGCUGCACGCAGCAGCUUCACGUGUAAAAUCAGCAAUAGGUUUGCCUGCAAAUUUUGUCUCACACAGUUAUUAAAUCCAAGGAAAGGAACCUAUCUGCCAGAUGCCUACUGCCCAAGUAGACCCAUCACCAUGUCAACAGGCUAUGCUCAAGUCUAACACAUGACAGCAAGCCCAUCGGGAUCUAUACAUGUCAGGGCUUUUUGGCACACAACAGCAAAGCCUGAGUAGCUGAGUUUGGCUGUGCAAUAAACACCAUCUAGCUGUGACCAGUCAGAGAGGAGAUCCCAGCCUGGUGGUGAGCUGCAGAAGAAGGUAAGACUGCGUGGCCACAGGUGGGCUCUGUUGUCUGCACAUGAAAGCAGUGAAUCGGUGUCAGCUGGAAGAUGCAGCAAGAGAGGCAGGGAGCUUGGCUUAAAGUUGAGGCAGAAAACAGAAGGAUAUGGACUAAUACCAUUUUAAAGCCCUCUUUGGUGGUGGCAAUGACCGGCCAUGGUGUGUGUGAGAGGUAUGAAGAAUUUUUUCGAUGAGGACAUCCCAUUUCAGGGUACUUCCAUUAAAUCAACUUCCUCAACUUUCAACAUCAACUCUGGGUAUCUUUUCACUGCAGAAGCCAGUGCAUCACUGGAGUUUAACAUUACUAAUCUAGGUUUUGAAGAGGAGAAACCAGAGCAGAGUUAAGAACUCUUAAAGGGUUUGUAAGAAUCAUUGUUUACAUUCAUGGGGAAACCACCGAGCAAGGCAAACAUAACAUAAUCUAAAAAAAUGUGUUGUUUUUGUUCUUUUUAAAAAGUAUCUGAGGUAGAAAGCAUGGUACUGUUUGUACUCAUGUGCGGGUACUGCCAGCCACAGUCCAAGAAGACACCAGUUCAACUUGUGCUCGCUCCCCAGAAAACCUCCUCCUUCUCCCCUGUAUUUCUUCCCACCGCAGAGCUGCACUAAUCUGCGUUGCAUAAAUACAGGAGGAAGAGUCUCAACAAAGAGGAACGGGUUAUGAAAUGAUUUUAUUUUCUUUCAGAUGAGAAAUCUGUGUCCUUCAGGACACUGCGGGGGUCUCAGGCUGGAAAAUCUUGUCAUCACAAAGGCUGAUUUCCUGAACGGGUGUCUUACAGGAAACUGGAUUUUCCACGGGAGUUAUCCCUGUACUUUGGGGACUAGUGACAAGGAACUGUGAGGUACCUAUUUGGUAGCGUAACAAGACAGACAAUUUGCAGGCGCGUUUCUUUCCACCUCCCUUCUGGAACUCGCUUCAUGCAGCUGACACUGCUUCAAAGCCUCAGGCAACUCGCAGACCCACAGAAGAAAUCAGUCCUAUCGGAGAUACAUAGAUGAAGUGGGAGGCCAAAAUGAUAAAAUUGCAGACAUUGCCCUGCUUGGCUGGCAUUAAAAAACACCCCAUCCUAUCUUCUUAUCAUUGGCAUCAGCUCCAGGACUGAAUGCCUCUCUCACUUCACAUGGCAAUUGUGCCUGCAACAGAGCAGAAGACCUCCAAAAGAUGAACUCCCUGGUCAGCAGCUCACACCUCCAGCUGGCUGCCUUUGCUCUUGGUACUGUAGGCUGGAUCCUGUGCACAGUUUCAAUGGGAACUGUGGAAUGGAGAGUGUGGCAUGUGGACAACACCACCAUCAUCUCCUCUGGUGUUGCAUGGGUGGGGAUUUGGAAAGUCUGCUUCAUCAGUUACCUGCAGGUCUCACCUGGCUAUAAAGAACAGUUCUGCCAUAAAUUCAGUGGUUAUGACUCCUCCAUCCCAGAUGAAAUCUAUGCCGCUCAGGGUCUCCUGUUGAUCGCCAUGUUCACAGGCUUGCUGGGACUGACUGCCACAGUCUUUGCUCUGAGGAAUGUUUAUAUGGGAAUCACUCACAAAACUCUCAUUACCCGUUUCUUCCUGGUGGGUGGCUGCUUCUACAUAUUUUCUGGUCUGUGUGUCCUGAUUCCUGUGAGCUGGAAUUUCUACUCUGUAGCACAUAACCAGAGCAUUGCUUUUCCUCCAUCUUACUACAUGCCCUCAAGCCCAGCAGCACAGGAAGUCGGUGCUGCCAUUCCGGUCGGGAUUGUAGCUGUCAUCCUCCUGCUGCUAAGUGGGAUUUUUUCUCUCUUGUACAGAUUUCCGGUGACCACAAAUGCUAUCACAAAAUGCUGACAGGAUAAAUCCCCCCAAGCUGUUUCAGAACAAGAGCAUAGUCAAGAGAUAAGGACGGCAGCACAAGCAGCUUUAUAAUCAAGGCACUGCAGAACUUUACUUUAGUCUAUAGGAGCCACACUAUUUAGUACAUGAACCAGCUGAACUACUAUCUUAGUUGUCACAUAUGACCGGAGGCUCAUCUUUGAGAUGAGUGCUGAUGAACAACACCUGCAGUUAAGUUUUACAAGUUGUCCUCUUUUGUAUACACAAACGUCACUGAUUAAUUUGUAUUUUGUGUAAGGUAUUUAUCGUGCUCAAAGAGCUGACUCUGAACUAACUGUCCUGUUGGAAAGAUGUGAAAUAAUACGUUAAAUGUGAACUUGUUUCCUUGUUGGUACUAGGCUAUUUUGUCCAUUAUUUAAUUACCUUUGUAGCUAAGCAUCUUUUGUGACACAUCAAGACUUUUAAUACCAAUAAUAUGAGUGUCAUCAUGGUUGUGUCAGAGUCUUCACUGAAUUGUCUUAUGAAGGUGUUGCCAGUUUCUCUUCUUCCUCGAGGGCGCAUAAAGAGACAAGUCUUUAAUGCUUCUAUUUUUCUUUCAAGCUAUUUACAUUUUAUGUUGCAACAUGUUUGCCUGUGGGCAAGGUGUGCUUAGUUCCUCGCUUAGCCAGAGCCAAAAAGUCUGCAACUGUUUGCUUCUUCAUCAGACACUUCACCAAAUCCAAAGGUAUUGCAAAAGAUGGAAACAGCCUCUACCAGUUAUUACAAAACUGCCAGCAAAAUCUGUGCUCUCAGUAACCAGGAAUAUUCAGUACAACUUUCAGGGUAUGAUUCAUCUGAUGGAGACAUCUAUACCUAAACUGGUCACUUCAGGCUCGGUUUAUCACCAAUUUAAAGACAAAGACAGUCUCUUUUCCAAAAUAGAUGCCAGAAUGGCUGGGAGUUGACAUGCUCCCUAAAAACCUGUUUUUCUUAACCUACUGUAAUGGCUGUAAACAACUACAGUUGCUAACUCUGGUGUACACAAGCAAACUUCACCUAAGCUAGACAAAGCUAGGUGAAAUUAAUCUGUCACUUAAGCGGAAUUUCAUAUGCCAGUGCCAUUAAAAAAUAACAAAAAAGGAGAAAUGUCACAAAUGCUGCAAUCAGGGCAGUUUAAAAAAAAAAAAAAAGAGGUUGGGAGGAAUGACUAAACACUGCUGAAAAACCGGUGAUCUCUUGAAAACAGAUUCCUCAAGAAGUUAUGACACUUUGAAAGAAAUGCUGCAGGAAUCUGAAUAAUUUUAGUUUUACUCUUUUCAUUGUCCUCUGUUUUCUAAAAUACUAACGGGUUCAGAGGAAGAAGAAAAGAAAAUGUAACAAAAAUGAAAGAAUUCUGUACAUUGCAAGAAAAGGUAAAAUGCCAGCAAACAAGGUCUGACUGCUUGUGGCUGCUACUACCUCAUCUUGUCCUAGAAGUCUAAAUUUCCUUUACAUCUUUCACACUGUCUUGACUUUGCUGUACUGUCUUGUUUAUACAGAAUCUCUACAGCACCUUCAUUUCCUCUCCCGUCUUCCAGUCUCUUCUGAAACAGCAGCUUAUCUCAUCACUGGUAAUUUUUUCAUCUGCUGUAAGGAUUCAUCCUUUCACUGUUUACAAUGCUCUAAAGCACUUUCAAGUGGUGUUUCAAUGAAGGCAAGACAUUUAAUAGCUUGUUUAUUAUAUACCGUUUCUAGUUUGAGUUCUACUAUACAUCCUUUACAAUGUUGGUAGGUUUCAGUUUUAAAUGUGCAAGUCAAUAGAACUGUUAUCUCUUCCCACAGGACCCACAAUAAUAUUAGAUUUUAUCUUGCUGUAGUUGUAAGGGGGGGGGGGGGGGGGAAGAUGCAUCCAUGUGUUUAUGUCAGCAUUUCCCCACACUAAUAAACCACCAAUAUUCCCUGGCAAGGAAUUUGAACUUUAACAGAAAAUAACUAUCUACAGAUUUUUGUGUUCAUAUAUGCACAGAAAAGCCAAUACCCCCAACUGGGUUUGUUAGCUAUCUUCACUAAAUUAUUAGGUUCAAUUUGCAUUUAUUCUUCCUGGCUUAAAAGAAAAGGGAACAAAUGACAUCAGACACAUGCUAAGUUUCUGCACUGGUGCCACAGCAGUUUCCACCAGGGAUUAUGUUCAUCCGUGCUGAUGUGCGGCUAUGAAACACUGGUGGUGUGUCAAACAUAGGCUAGAUGGGGAGGAAAUUCCCCAGCUAAACAGUGGAAUAGCUUACCUAAGGAGAUGCGUGGGUUUUUAAAAGAACAUUUUGUCAAAAUGAAUUUAGGCAUAGUGCCAUGAAGACUGUAGGUAUGAGUGAGCCUGCCACAGGACAGGUGGGUGAUCUAGAUGGUUCUUUUGGCAUCCUUUCUCACUGUACUCCUAGGUCUCCAAUACAGCAGCCUAUUGGUAGUCACAUACUCCACUAUAUCAACAUUAUAUGUUGGUACUUGAUAAAACAUGGUCUAUGGUCAAAUACCAGGCUAUCUUAAAACUCCCAGGCCUUCCCUGAAGAAAAGAUAAGAGGAAAAAAAAUCUUAGCUCAAAACAAGGGAGAGGCAAAGCUUCCAUUGAUUUCAAUGGAAUUAAGCCUGUCCAACCUAGAUCCCCCAAGGCUAUGGGAUGCAUUAAAUCUUGGUGAAUGUUUGCAUUCAUCAAGAUCUUGGUAUUGGAGGCCAGUAAAGCUCCUGUGCUUUUACUUGACUAGCGGGGAAGCAUGGCUUCUUUGUGCGUAUUUUCAUAACACAUUUGUUUAAGAAUUUGAGAAGCAAAGUUACCUUUCAGCCAGCCAGUUUGUUACCGUGUCAGUUGUGCUGUACAGGUAUUUUUAGGGUUGUCUGCAAAAUCUGGCAGCUGAAGUGAUUUUGUUGAAAAUGCAAAAAUACAAAACUUUUGAGAGGCUAUUUUUAACCUAGACUGAUUCAGGGACGUGUGUUGUAGCCUGGCUCCACAGUCAUUUGUAGUAGCACAUCUGAGGACAGGAAGCAAGCUGUAAUGCAGACAGGAGUGAGUGGUAGGGGCCUUGAGGUAGAGACAAGGGGCAAGAACCUCUUCAGCAAAUUUCCCCACUGAAGAGAUCGUAUCGCGAAGGUCUGUCUCCAGCUUCAGAGCAUACUGAGACCUGCUGCCUACCCAGUGACAGCACCGCUCGCCUUGCGGGCUCCACCCUGUCUAGGAAUGUCUCCACGCCAGCCUCAGUCUACACAUAAACCAGUCUCACUUUAUUUUUUCUGAGUUGACAAUAAACAAGUGUCUUCUGA